UCAUGCGCCUCUCUCACUCACUCUCUCUCUCAUCUCUUUGCUUCUAAAAUUCUAGGGCCAUUCUGAGACUCGAUAAAUCUUGUUUAGGGUUCGUCGUAUCGCUCUCACACCAUCACCAACAACACCAACAGAAUCCACAAACAGAAAGGACCCAACCCUAAAUCAUAAUUUGUUUAAGUUUGCAGGUAGCUUAGUUGGAGGUCAAGUGUCAUUUUUGGAUGACGAUACUUAGAACUUGAAGCAGUCAUGGCUGAGGGGACCGAAAUUGAGGACCGGGUGGAUCUUGAUGAUGACAAUUACAUUGAAGAGAUGGAUGAUGACGUUGAAGAACAAAUAGAGGAUGAAGGAGCACGGGGAGGUGGUGAUGAAAAUGGUGAAGACCAAAAUGAGGACUUUAAAAGCGAGGAUAGUGGGAAAGACCAGUCGCCAGAAGUAGAUGGAGGUGAAGCAGAUGGAAGCAUCAUUACCAAUGAGCCUGUGGAAGAUGAAGAAAAACAUACUGCUUCCAUUGAUGAAGAUGACAAAGAGAAGCAUUCAGAACUUCUUGCCCUUCCGCCGCAUGGGUCUGAAAUUUUUAUUGGUGGACUUCCUCGUGAUGUUUCGGAAGAAGAUUUGAGGGAUCUUUGUGAUUCAUUGGGCGAAAUUGUUGAGAUAAGGUUGAUAAAAAAUAGGGAUACUGGUGAAAGUAAGGGUUUCGCCUUUGUAGCAUUCAAAACCAAGGAGGUUGCACAACAGGCCAUUGAAGAGUUACACAACAAAGAAUUCAAGGGUAGAACAAUAAGGUGUUCGCUAUCGGAAUCUAAAUAUAGAUUGUUUAUUGGUAAUGUGCCAAAGAGCUGGACAGAUGAUGAGUUUAGAAAAGUUAUUGAGGAGACUGGUCCUGGGGCAGAAAACAUUGAGCUUAUAAAGGAUCCUCAAAAUCCAAGUCGGAAUCGUGGUUUUGCUUUCAUUGAGUAUUUCAACAAUGCUUGCGCUGAUUAUUCUAGACAGAAAAUGUCGAAUGUGAAUUUUAAAUUGGACGGCAACUCCCCAACUGUCAGCUGGGCUGAUCCAAAGAGUACUCCUGAUAAUUCUGUUGCUGCUUCGCAGGUUAAAGCACUUUAUGUGAAGAACAUACCUGAGAAUACUCCCCUUGAGCAAGUGAAGCAACUAUUUCAACGCCAUGGAGAAGUGACAAAAGUUGUUAUGCCGCCCUCCAAAUCUGGUGGCAAAGGAGAUUUUGGUUUCGUCCAUUAUGCAGAAAGGUCAAGUGCAUUGAAGGCUGUCAAAGAUACAGAGAAACAUGAAAUUGAUGGUCAGGUGUUGGAAGUUUGUCUUGCUAAGCCUCAGAGUGAUAAGAAGUUUGAUGGGUCUAAUCCCCACAAUUCCGGGCUUCAUCCAAAUUAUAUCCCCCAUCCUGGUUAUGGUGGUUUUCCUGGAAAUCCAUAUGGGCCUCUAGGGUCUGGAUAUGGUGUUGCCACCGGUUUUCAGCAGCCUAUGAUAUAUGGACGGGGACCGAUGCCAGCAGGGAUGCAUAUGGUGCCAAUGGUUCUACCAGAUGGUCAAAUUGGCUAUGUUCUACAGCAGCCUGGAGUGCAGAUGCCGGGUCCACGUCCUCGGAGAAAUGAUAGGAGCAAUGGGUCGGGUGGACCGCAAGGACGGGGAGGAACUAGCAGCGGUGGCGGCAGUGACGAUGGCAACCGUACCAAACGUUAUAGACCUUACUAGGGUUAGAGUAUGGGAUGGGUGAGUGACAUGUUGUAGUUGAAUAAGUAGUUUAUGCCGGAAAUAUCACCAAUUUGAACUGCCCCCACCUCUCAAAACCUUUUCGUCCAGGAAAAUGAUAAUGGAUUCACCGCGAAUGAAGAAGAUGGGGGGUCUUUCAUAAUUUACUGUAACUGUCUCAGUGCUGUUGAGUGAUAUUAAAAUGUUUAAAUUUCUCUGGUAUUCGAUUGUUUUUGGAUCUAACAGUGUUAACUCAUGCUGCCAGAGCUGACACAUUCUACUUUACAGAUUUGAGUACAAACUCAAUUAUCAUCUAGCUGUAGUUUUAUCUCUUUUAUGGAUAUCAAGGAUUGUUUUUUUAUUUAUU